AUGAGCAGCAGAAUCUCCGAGAAAACCAACGCAAACCCAAUGUCUCAGCAACGAGAAGAAGAAAAGGAAGAAGAAGAAGUGGGCAAGUUGGCUAUAAGAUUAGCCAAUGUGGUGAUCCUACCAAUGGUUCUAAAGUCAGCCAUUGAACUCAACAUCAUAGACAUCAUCUCCGCUGCAGGGGAUGGCAAGUUCCUCUCACCUUCUGAGAUUGCAGCUAGCCUUCCCACAAAGAACCCAGACGCCCCGGUUCUGCUGGACCGGAUGCUGAGGCUUUUGACAAGCCAUUCUAUUCUCAAAUGCUCGGUUCGAAUCGGCCAAGAUGGGAAGGUGGAGAGGCUGUAUGGUGCUGGAGCUCUAUGCAAGUUUCUUGUCAAGGAUCAGCAUGAUGGAGUUGGGUCUGUUGGGCCUUUGCUUCUGCUGCAUCAUGAUAAGGUCUUCAUGGAGAGCUGGUGCCACUUCAAUGAUGCAGUAUUAGAAGGCGGAAUUCCAUUUAACAGGGCUUAUGGAAUGACAGCCUUUGAGUAUCCAGAAACAGAUGAGAGGUUCAAUCGGGUAUUCAACCAGGCCAUGUCAAACCACACUACCUUAAUCUUGAAGAAGAUAUUUGAUGUUUAUAAAGGGUUUGAAGGCCUCAAUGUGUUGGUCGAUGUGGGGGGUGGAAUUGGUGUCACUCUCAAUUUAAUCACCACCAAGUACCCCCACAUUAAGGGCAUUAAUUUUGAUUUGCCACACGUUUUAGCUGAUGCUCCUUCUUAUCCAGGUGUGGAGCAUGUUGGGGGAGAUAUGUUUGUAAGUGUUCCACAAGGAGAUGCUAUAUUCAUGAAGUGGAUACUUCAUGAUUGGAGUGAUGAGCAUUGCUUGACACUUCUCAAGAACUGCUGCAAAGCUCUUCCCAGCUCUGGAAAAGUUAUCAUUGUGGAAUCAAUUCUUCCCGACAUUCCUGACAGUAGUGUAACAUCGAACAUUGUCUGCGAGCAGGACUUACUCAUGCUAACAGUAAACCCUGGAGGGAAAGAGAGGACCAAACAUGAAUACGAGGACUUAGCAGUAAAAUCUGGAUUCUCUUCAUGUGAAGUCAUUUGCAAUGCUUACAACAGCUGGAUUAUGGAGUUCCACAAAAACGCAAAUCCCUAA